AUGGCGAAAAGAAUUGCAGACUCCCAAAUAAGUAGGGAGAGCUUAGAACAAGGUAUUGCCAGCGAUGAUGAAAUGGAACAUAGCAAGAUUGCUUCAUCUGCAGUUAUGAGUAAAAGGAAAAUUGCCAUGCCUAAAAAUAAGAAAAUGGUGUUUACUCAACCUAAAAAAGAUGCAUCGGCAUUUAAUGCCUUUGGUGGCUUAAAGAAACAAACAGAAACUGACGAGGAAAAAAAUAAUAAAUUAAUAGCUUUAAAUCUUCAAUUUAAAGAUAAAAUCAUUGCAGUAGUGAAAGAUGAUCCAUGCGUCGACUUGAAUCCUUUAUUUGCUAAAUAUAGUAAUUUCAGAACUUCCAUUGAUUCCAAAACAUCUGAAGUCAAACCAACAUUAAUUUUAUCAAAGCCUGAGGCAAUCAAAGUUGACAAAUCGGAAUCCUCCUCCUCCUCUUCGUCUGAAAGUGAAGAUGAGGUAAAGGUGGAAGGUCCCAAAUUUACUUUGCCAACAAAUCCAAUCAUAAAGGAUUCAGUGUUUUCGUUCGGUCCAAAGAAGCAACAACCAAAGGAUGAUAGUGACAGUGAAAGUGAUAUCGAGAUUAAGGGCCCACAAUUUACUUUUGCAGGAAAAGUCGAGAGUAAUGUUUUCAAGUUACCAAAAUCUUCUAAUAUCGAUGUGUCAACGCGAAAUGAUGAACAGAAUUCUCAACCUCAGAAGACAAAUGAAGAAAAGGAAACUAACAGUACUGAUGCAUCUACCAACACAGACGCUGUAAAACCACUAUUCCAAUUUGGUUCAAAUGUUUCCAAAGAAACAUCCAAUGAAAAUAAAAAGGAUUUGAACCCAUUCGCAUUCGGUAAGCCAUUGUCGACACAAUCAGAAACCAAAGACACCGAAAAUAAAACAAAUCCAUUUUCGUUUAGUUCGACAAAGUCUCAGCAAGAAAUUUCUACAAACAAGCCAGCAUUUUCCUUUGGUAAGACAAGUGGUGACGAUAAUAAACCGUCCUUCAAGUUUACUUCUAACCCUGUUCCUGCUAACGAUGUUACUAACAAUAAUCCAGCAUUUUCUUUCGGAAAGCCUAUGACUAAACAAAGCAGCAUGGAUAAAGAUAAGAAGCCAUCCUUUAGCUUUGGCGUGGAUAAGGAUAACAAGGUUGACGACACACCGAAGCCAACUUUUACUUUUGGAACAGGCGCCUCAUUACCAAACAAGGAAUUGAAUGUUGGUGCCACUAUGACAUUGCCUUCCACCGAUGAUAAAACCUCCGGGGAGGAAGCAAAGAUUUCAGAUGAACAAUCGACCAGCGGAGAAAGUAAACCUUCAUUCACAUUUGGAAACCCCAAAGAGAAUACAACCGAAAACAAACCAAGUAUUAACGCACCUUUUGUUUUUGGAAAGGGCGCUAGUGAAGUAAGUGUCGAAAAACCUUCAUUUUCCUUUGGGAAGACUGAAGAGAAAUCUGAAGAAAAGUCUGAAGAAAAGUCUGAAGAAAAGUCUGAAGAAAAGUCUGAACAGCCGUCAUUUACCUUCGGUGCUGGCAAAAUAUCAUCUGAUAAACCAAAGUUUUCGUUUACCACCACAUCGGAAGCCCCAAAGCCAGUUUUCUCAUUUACAGGCCAGUCCAUGAAUGAUGAAACCACUGAUGCUUCUUCAAAGGAUAACACAAAUACCGAAAAUGAAGAAGGAACAAAACCAACCUUUUCAUUCGGAAAUUCUAGUACAACAGCCCCAUCAUUUACUUUUGGUAAACCAAAAGCUGACGAUUCAAUUAUCUCGAAUAGCACCAAGACAACCACCUCAUCUAUUCCCUCAGCUGGAUUCAAAUUUUCUUUACCUUAUGAACAAAAAUCACCAGCCACAUCAACAACAUCCUCUGAAAUACCUAAAGAUACAGAUAAUACCACAGGGACCACAGAGGUGAGUACAACACAACAAGAUGAUAAUUCUAGCCCAAUGGAUCUUCAAAAUGGUGAAGAAGAUGAAACACCCCUAUUUACUCAACGAUCGAAACUAAUGGUUUUUAAUCCAGAAACUAAGGGUUAUGAUUCUCGUGGUGUUGGUGAUAUGAAGUUACUACAAAGAAAGGAUGACAAAUCUAAGGUUAGACUGCUUUGUAGAUCUGACGGUAUGGGUAAUAUUCUACUCAAUACCAGUGUAGUGAAGUCUUUUGACUACGUGCCAUUGUCUGAAAAAGCUGAAAAUUUGGUUAAAGCUCCUGUUGUUGAAGCGGAUGGUAAGUUAGUCACAUAUGUUGUAAAGUUCAAGUCACAGGCUGAUGGGCGUUUACUUGUCAAAUCAAUUGAAGAUGCAAAGAAGGAUAUGUAG